AUGAGUGCAACGAAUGGGAUGGUCCAAGAAGUCGAAGAUGUCGAUGGUGUUCGCAUACAAGCAGAAUUUAGCCGUUUCUUGACGGAAUACACCGAUGAGAAUGGAGUGCGCAUCUACGAAAGCGCUAUUUCGGCUUUAAUUGAACCUGAAAGAAAUACGCUGUAUGUUGAUAUGCGUCAUAUCCACAACUACAGCGCUACACUUUAUGGGACAAUCGAGUUGCAGUUCUACAAUAAUCCUUCAUCUAGGCUCUAUCCCUACAUCUGCGAAGCUUUGCAAUUAGCAGUCAUCGAUACUUGCACUGAAGAUGCUGACAGGCAACGAAUGCACAAAAAAGAAGUUUAUGUCUCUUUUGGUGGUCUGGAGAAUCGUGUCAACGUUCGUGAACUAACAGCAGAGAAAAUAGGAGCUAUGGUCUGCAUAAAUGGACAAAUUGUGCGAACCCAUCCUGUUCAUCCUGAACUGAGUCGUGCUACUUUCGUGUGCGAGGACUGCGGAGUCACAACCAGAAAUGUGCUCCAGCAAUUUCGAUACACACAGCCUUCGCGCUGUACAAAUCCUCAAUGUAUGAAUCGCAACAGGUUCAGCCUUGAUGUUGAUGAUUCAUCUUUCGUCGAUUUCCAGAAAAUCAGAAUUCAGAAUGAAAAAGCUAAAAAUCAAGGUGGCAGCCUAUUUUUCAAUAAAAGUGAAAUUGUGUCUUAUCAGGAAACCCAAGCUGAACUACCUCGUGGUUCGGUGCCUCGAACCUUUGAUCUGAGCUCGCCAGGGCUCCGAGCUGAAAGUGGCGGUGGAAAUCGUGGUCGAGCAUCAGAGAAAGACAUUGGGUUGACGGGCUUGAAAGCUCUGGGAGUGCGUGAUCUCAACUACAAGUUGGCGUUCCUUGCUUGCCACAUUGAGUCAAACAAUACUAAGGUUUGUCCGCCUACAGUCUAAAG